UGAAUGUCGAAUGCGGAAACUUGCAAGUGCAAUGCUCAAAGUCGGAUGUCGGAAGCGAAAACUUAAAGGACAAAUGCUAAAUGUUGGAUGAGAAAAAAUGAAUGUACAUUCCACUGAACUUGAAGGUAGAAUUCCAAAACCUGACUGUUGCUUAUGAAAAGUUGAAUGUCGAAAGCGAAAACUUGAAUGUUGCAUAAAUCAAAGUUGAAUGUUGAAUGCAAGAAAGUUGAAUCGCGAGUGCAAACUCAAAUGACAAACACAAAGUGUAGGAUAGAUUGUGCAAAGUAGAAUGUAAAAUGAAACAUUGAAUUUUGGCGGAAAUGGAACGCCAUAAUCGUCGGUUCGUCAAACUAAAAAUUCUUCCUACUGGAAGUUAUUAUGAAAGGGCCAAAGUUGGCGAGCCAGACGAGUUCGAUUUCAUGUUGGAAAUAGAGAACUUGGAACUCGACGCUGCACCUUAUGAAGAGUACGAAAACGACGGUAUGAGCGAACCGCCAACAGGUAAGGUUCUCAAUAAAGUAAAAAUCCGCAUAUAAGAACCUAGAUUUUUCCAACUUGGCCUAAACGGUUUCUUAUAGAAAUGGUAUUUAGUGGGAUUUUAGGCUUCUUAGGUUCUUUAAUAGGUUCUUAAUUUGAUACGGGCACUAGCGAUCAGCACAGAUAAUAGUACAGGGCAGAGUGUGAUAUGGAAUAUAAUGCUUUACAUAAUAAAUAAUGAUCUAGAAAACAGUUUAGAUAAUCUUACAGUAAACUUAUCUUUCCAAAGUACUAGCAUGUAUCAGAUGUAUGUCUUUGAUGCUGCAGUGUCCAUAAAAUGCUGUGUUACAUAUUUUAUUCUUGAAUCUUACUGACUGAAGCCUAGACUAAAUUUUUUCUGUAUUAUUUUAAGUUCGUCCGUGCCUUCAUUGUUGUAAAAUAAGGACCUAUUGGAAAUUUUAGGCUAAAUAGGUUCUUAUGAAAAGGGGGUUUAAAAUGAAAAUUUUAGCCUAACAGGUUCUUAAAUUUUAGGUUCUUAUACGCGGUUUUUACUGUACGUUCAAAGUGAUCACAUAAUUAUUACUCGAGUACUUUGGGAUGGUUUUUGAUUGCUUUAUUUUAUUGUUAAAUACAGCCAACGACGACAUCAAAGUUCUUGUUAGAAAAAACUGUUACAGUAAUAUUAAUUCUCGUAUUUAAGCUAAAUGAUAACUCGGUUCUGAAAAUAGCAGGGGCGCAGCAACCUGCACGCAUGGUACGCACGUGCGUAUAGUCGAGGGUAAGAAAUAAUAAAAUAUGAUAUCAACUAAUAUACACAAUGCUGAGAGUCUCCUGGUUGAAAAUUAUUAGUUAAAAAGCGGCGUGAUUCAUCGAUGCGCUGAAUCUUGAAUAAAGUACUCAUAGAAAAGACGGGGAAAAGUUUUAUUUGCUCUGCAACGAGGUUUUACCUGUUACCAUCUUCUAUUAUCAUUUUUUGAAAGAAAAGGCACCCGUUUUGUGUACCUCACAUUAACAAAAUGUACCCCUUUCACACACCUACUUAAGACUCUGCAGCUUUUUUUCUACAUCCUUGUAUUGAAGUUAAUCCAGUACAUUAUGAAAGAACCAACACGUUAGAAGGUGCAUCUGUUCAAAUUUAUCAUCUUAAUAAUAGGUCCUUUUAAAGACCAAAAUGACAGAUUUCCAUACCCUUUAAAUACUUCAACCCACGAAACCCUUUUAUAUACCUGAAGCGUGAAACGUUAAGUCUCUUUCGGAAAUGCCUUGUUAAUAUCGGCCAUUAUAGAGAGUAUAACCCCCAAGGGACUGAUGAUACACCACUGUUGUAUUUGGAAACCCUUUUACUUCCAAAUACCGGUAGCAAAUGAACAGUAUGUGCACCCUCAGAUUUGAACUUGUUUAAAGCGUUAGCCCGCAUUCGCAUUACGCAAUGCCAGAAUUCACUUUCACCUUCCCUUUCAAACAUCUGCCAUGCACAAUUAGUGACGUAAUUGUUGAGACAUAAUAUCCUCAACUGGCUGCUUUGGAGAACUAAACAAUCUGCACCCUUGCCCUCUUCCCUCAGUUCCAAGUUGGAGAGUUUGAUGAUUUUUAAUUACCGUUGUACCGAGUAGUGCAAAAUUGCUUCUAGAGAGUGGGGAAGGAAAGCUUUACUUUCCCCUUUGAAGUCGGCAAAAUGUAAUAAUGCUCAAAGGCAAAGUGUGUUAACUAAUUUUGUGUUCCCAACUGCAAGCUAAGAAACUGUCAGUGACAAUGUCACCUACUUUCAGUGCUUUUUUUUGUCGGCAGGAUUUACUAGAGUAAUGAUCGAUAGGGGCGAGGAAGAGCUAUGGCAGCGGGAAGGGUGCGCCAACUCCCGAGGAAUGUUAAAAGCAACCCAGAUUAAAGCAGUGUUUGCAAGAAUUGUUAGAGAAGCUGUUUCCUACCUGGGAUAUCAAAGGUACCACUCCAUAAGCAAAGAUUUUGUAUUAUCUGGGAAAAUACACGUAUCGAUAAGCUGUAAACAUCAUUCAACUCUAAAUUAGAGGGCUUGAAUUAACAAACAUUAUUACCAGUGCCAUAUCACAGGGAAGGGUUGAUUCACAUUCACCAGCCCAGACAAGUGGAAACUGAAGUGUACAGGUAAGUAAGGGACGAAAUCACUGCCGCUAAACACUAGCUUCAACAGAAUGCAAAAGUUGUCACUUUAACUGAGUGCACAAUUUAGGGCCUUUCUACCAAAGACUUAAAGGAUUUCGAUUAAUUCUGGGUCCCUUUUUUAAUCCCCUUCCCUCCCACCCAACGCACAAAACACUCACAGGAGUUAACAAAUGUAUUGAAUCAUUAGCCUUCAAAUUCCAGUUUAAGAUUACACACUCACAGAGCAAUAGUAGACACAGUUGAGACCUACAUUGUACCAACAAGGUUAUUAUUAAUAUUCGACAUGAAGCAAAAAUAGAUUUCAAAUCAUUGUGUAGCCAGAAUGGAAGAAGCAAUACUGCAUCACGAAAUUCAGCCAAAUUAGGAAAUUACAAAAUGCCAGUUAAAUUAGGAGAAACAUAAAAAUAACCGCUUAAAACUUUAAAGGAAGGUGAAAAUACCAUAACAGAAAAAACAGAUGCCACGGAUGGGCAAAACUGAAGAAGAUUGAAAUUAGGGUUUUUGAAAACUGUUCAGCCUAACAGUUUUUCAAAGUUGAUCCCUGCUGCUUGCAACUUCACAAAUAAUGCUCAGGAGACAUAUUAAUUUUGUGUUGUCUCGGAUCUCUGGUUUUGUCAUUUACCUCUAAUUUCUUUGCUUACUUUAAGUUCCAUAGCGAUUGAGGGUGAGUAAUUGUCAAAAUUAAACAAAAUGAACUUGACUGCCGUGACACAGCCCCUUCAAUAGGCUCAGUUUUCAAGUGUCAUGCAUGGCAAUGUCAUGAUGGUGAACAUAAUUAUGUUGGGGUAAAAAAGGGGUCAAGGGGAACAAAUUAUUUUUCAUAAUGUGACUAGCCUGUGCUUUUUCAACCUUUUGAAUGGAACUUGGCCCCAGUCUAUUAUUUUUUUGUCCAAUAAUGUUAAAGAGCUUACAUCACCAUUGUUUUUAAUUAGUGAGUACAAUGUAUAAAUUCAUAAAUUGUACUCACUAUCUGUCUUAUCACUGGCUGAGAGCCUACAGCUAAUUUUGGAAAUCGGUGCAACCUACAGAAUAGAUAACUGGCUAAUCUGUAGGUUGCACGCACAGUGCAUGAUUUCCUAUAACAAUAUCAGUUCAGGUUCCUUGGGACGGUGUGUUUGUCAUUAUUUUCUUCAAAACAAUGUAUAAUAAAACAAUCAUUAGAUUCAGUUCUUAUGAUAUCCUAAAUAAUCAAGGACUUGGUAAGUGUUAUCAGCCUUGGCCUUCGGCUCGGCUGACAACACUUACCUCGACCUUGAUUAUUCUGGAUAUCACCUCAUCCAAUAACAAUUAUUAUUGUAUAUAAUAAUUGUUGAUAAUUUAUUGUUUAUAAUUAUGUAAUUAUGUUUAAUUAAGGGCUCCAAAAUUUUAUAUGUACAUGUAAAUAAAAAGAGUUAAACCUACACUGCAGUGUGCAAAGAAAGUAGUGUCCGAUAGCCAGGGGCUAGUGGAUUUUGCUAUUGGGUUAGUGAAUUCUGUUUUUAACUUGCCUGACGGGCAAGUGAUGUUUUUUGAGGAAUUCGAAUAACAGAAGAACUGUGAAAUCAAUUCUGCUAUGACGUCUGGGCUAUAGUAAAUGCUAGCUUCAGCUUGCCCAAAUGGCAAGCUGUAAAAAUGAUUUUCUUUGCACCCUGCGACUGUAACAUGUAGAUGUAACAUAAUAGUAAUAAUUUAUUACAUUAGGCUCUUCUCUUUCCAAUCUUUAGCUUUGUUGUUGUUAAGUCAGAAGGUCCUGCAGUGACCUUGAAAAUUACCAGGAAUGGGAAAGAAUACUCCAUUGAUCUAACCCUUGCCAUAAAGGAUAACUCUUGGCCAGAAGAUGCUGAGGAAUGGAGGACAAGACAUCGAAAUGGUAUUUUUUUUACUGCACUCUUGUUCCCUAAACAGAAACUUCCAACUGAACCUAGUACAUUACACAGGUAUCUUGUAAUGCUGACACUGUUCAGCUGUUGUUUUACGUACAGUGUAUGACUAGCUACAUUAUUGUUGGUGCAUCUGAACUAUUAUGUCCAAUGUGAUCUUUCUACACACAUUUAUCAUUUUGUGUUUUCAUUGCAUUUAUUUAGGUUGGCCCAGUCAUGACCUUGUGCGUGAAAUUUGUCAAGAUGGUUGUCACUUGGUGGCAAAACAACCAAAAGGGAUUACUGGUCCCAAUAACGAAAAAGGAUUUCUCUGGAGAUUUUCUUUUUCAACAGCGGAAAAGAAGCUGUUUCUCAGAGGGGGCCAUGGAGAAGCUAGCUCUUGCCGAAAGCAAGUAUUGCGUAUACUGAAGGCACUAAAAGAAGAAUUAAGCCUUCAUCCACUGAAGUCGUACCACCUUAAAACUUUGCUGUUAUAUGAGUGUGAAGCCUAUCCUCACUCCUGGGAGUGGAGCUUUGGUUGCUUAAGUGAGAGAUUCCUUGGCCUUCUAUUUAAGCUUGAGGGAUGUUUGAGACAGAAAAAGUGUCCUCACUACUUUAUCAGAAAUUUCAACUUGCUUGAGCCAUUCUCUAACGAAAGAUGUCUUUAUUUGGCUGAACGCAUAAAGCAGAUUAGACAAGAUCCUAAAACAGUCUUGAGCAAUCUUAUUGGACAGCAUUAAAUAAAUAGGUCGGAUAAAUGUAGCAUGGAGCAUGUUGUAAUGACAAAGAACUUAAAGAGAUAUGUAGCUGCUAGACGGAUUAUUGUCCUAAACAAUCUGCA